AUGGUCUCAAUCCCGGCGCAGCACCCUGCUCUCACUUUCCUCAAUCGAGACGUCUUCGCCAUCGGUAGCAUCAUCAUCAAGUCGGGCCAUCUUCAUUCGCAAGGGAGUGGCCAGUUCACGGAUACCUGCUACUCGUAUGCCGACGAAAAUGAAAUCCAGGCUGUGGCCCUCGCGAAAAAAGCUUUGAAAGAUGUUAGAGUGCCCGAGAUAUACUUUGCUGGCAAGAUUUAUGGUCGCCAAGUGUUAAUCCAGGAACGGAUCCCGGGUGUUGCAUUAGCCGUUGCAUGGCCUUACCUCUCUCAGCAUCAAAUGGAUUCUUUUCGAGAGCAAGCACGGGAGAUACUUCGAGAACUGCACUCUAUCAAGCCCUCCGAUGGACGUCAGGUUCGUUCCCACGUCGUGCCUGAUCCCAAUAUCCGCGAAACCGGUCGUAUACAACCACUAGAGUGCGAUAUCCUUUUCUCGGAGACCAAUGAGGAUUCAGACAUGAGCUUCAUGCACAACGACUUUUCAGAGUCCAACUGUAUAGUUGAUGAUGACAAGAUUGUAGGGCUCAUUGAUUGGGAAAUGGCUGGCUUCUUUGGCUGGAAAACGGCAGGCAAAGUCCAUCGUAUGGCAAGGCCACACGAUACUUCUUUCUGGGAGGAGCUGUACGAUCACGGUAUGCCUGAGCCUUGA